UUGACGAGCUUCAUAGUAAGCAACACUGCAGCUACACUCGGAAUUGUUUGUAAUUCUCUUUUGAUCUAUCUAGUACUGAAGAAGACUCCAAAGCAACUGAGUAACUACUCUGUGCUCAUUUUGAACAAUUCCAUCUGCGAUUUUUUCGCUUCCGUUGCUGCCCUUUUUGUUCGUCAAAGGUAUCUAUCAUAUGUUGCAGGCUCAACAUUACUGACUUGA